CAUGGCAGCCUGAUGAGAUGGAAGCGUUUAAAAAUAAAUGCUAGAUAGGAAACAAGAAGAUAGAAAAGUUAUAGAUAUGGGGCAUCACUUGACAGCCGCGAGACGGACCGGAAUGAGUCCAACCAGCGCGGGAUGGAGGGCAGAAGAGCUGCCACCAAGCAAAGUGAGUGACCAGGUUGAAUACCAGUCCCCAAUAUUUGUGGGCUUUGGAACUGUUUGCUGCUCCAAGACACCAUCCAACCACGUGGGUUCUUUGGGCUUGCCAAUGUCAGCAAGCCUCUUGGGAUUUUCAUCUUUCACCGGUCUCAACUUUUAUGCAUGUAUGCUCUGGCUAGCUGCAUGGCUUUAGCGGGCCAGUGUGCCAAUAGACGGUGCCCAGUGUCGUACUUGACGCCGAUGCUGGCGAUGCGAUGAUGGAGGAGUGCUGCAUGGCUACGGAGCAUUGCUGGUGAGGCUUAUGAUGUGAUGUGACGCCGCUCAACUACACGAGCAUCCGAGUUUAUUGGAGUCGGGAGCUCGAAAAAAGAAAGAAAUCAACGCAGUUUGCAUAGUGGCGCUCAAAGUCUCUCUUCUCCUCACUCCGCCAUGCGCCCUAGAGCGCAGAAGCUUCAAGUCGGUGCUUGAUCUAGCGCGGAUUGGCUGAACUUAGGAGAAUUCAUUCCAGGGUAUUCCCUACCAGCUCCCACGGGUAUUUGCCUCCAGACAGCUGGAUGAUGGCUAGGAUAGGCCGCGGAGAGGGGGAAUGUGAAUGUUAUUCGUCAUAAUACCGUUGGUAGCACGCUGUAACGGCCUAUCGUGUUCCUCCUCUUGUUUGUCUCAUGACCACAAACGAGCAAUCAUACCAUUUCCAUAACCGCUCCCUGCGAGCCAGCACAGCCCGUGAUUUCAACAAGAUCCUCGCAACUCUGGGAUGUUUUGCCGUACCGACGGCGUGGAUUGGUCCCAUCGGAGGACAUCCCCUGCCAGCCAAGAGAGGGGGUAAGGAAAGCACUGGUGAAUCAAGACAUGGACUG